GGCUCGCAUUUUAGGUGGGAAUUCGGCUCCCUUCGUCGCGUCUCAGCGGCCUGCGAAUUUCUGAUUGGGUGCAUCGCUCCGGCGUUGCCCCACCGCCUGGACGCUUGACCGCAUCCGUCGGCCCUGGUGCUGGCCCGGAUCCCAAAGGCCAGAACCAAGAGAGACAAGAGACAGAGACAGAGAGAACUACGGACAGGAUCUAGAGUGGUCUAGCUAUGGAACGGAUUGGCGGAUACACUUAGUGGGUAGCUAAAGUGCGAUCGUCAGACGCGUUGCGGCACCUAGAGUUCACGCCCUCGAGAUGCGUACCUACGAGCGUAUAGUAGACAAGCCCCCCAAACGCGUGUCUCGUCUCUGCGGCGGUCUCGCCAGCAAGUAACCUACCUACCCUAUAGGUAGAGUAGACGGGAGAGUACCUGCUUCGUUGCCUGCGCAGCGCAUGCAUGCACUUUAACGGCGCCCGAUUGGCAUGUUAUUUCUUAUUUGUUCAUUCCUCCCGUCACGCACUCGGUGGGCGUUUGGCCUCAGGCACCUACCUACCUACCUCCUACCUCUACCCACCAACCUUGGGUGCCUACCUUACCUACAGCCAGCCAGCCGGCCACAACAGACGUCCCGUCGUGAGAGUGGUGAAGAUGGUUAACUAUAAGAAUAAGAGCCGAUCUCUUCACGUGGCGAUGGUCGCGCGCAGGAGAAUUCCCGCCGGUCGGUUGCCCUGUAACAUGGCGUGGAUCGAGAAGUCUAUGAGAUCAUUGCUACCGAAAAAAUGCGUCUCACCUCUCUCGAAAGGGGUUUGUAACGUACCCGGGUACCUAGUCUCAACCCAUGACCCUGCACCGGCCGGUAGGUAUUUACCUACUGCACAGGCACCUAUUUGCUGCACGUAUUUUGUCAAGAUAUUUACUCUAUAGAGGGAUGUGGAUUUACACGGAAAUAUCUAAUACCGGUAGUAAGGAAUAGUAG